AAGCUCUCACCUUUCAACCAGAAUUUGUGGAAAGUAUAUCAAACGUGUCAGUAGCCGUGGGACGGGAUGCUACAUUCACCUGUCAUGUGCGUCACUUGGGAGGCUACAGAGUGGGCUGGCUAAAAGCGGAUACAAAAGCCAUUCAGGCGAUACACGAGAAUGUCAUCACACACAAUCCACGUGUCAGUGUUAGUCACUUGGAUCAAAAUACAUGGAAUUUGCAUAUAAAAGCGGUGUCGGAAGAGGAUCGCGGCGGCUACAUGUGUCAAUUGAAUACGGAUCCCAUGAAAAGUCAGAUUGGUUUCCUGGACGUAGUUAUACCACCAGAUUUUGUUGCUGAGGAUACUUCAUCUGAUGUUAUUGUACCAGAAGGCAGUUCAGUCAAAUUGACAUGUCGCGCACGUGGCUAUCCCGAACCGAUUGUGACGUGGCGUCGAGAAGAUGGCAACGAAAUUGUGCUCAAAGACAAUGUAGGCACAAAGACCAUGGUGUCCUCAUUUCGUGGGGAAGUGCUAAAGCUGACGAAAAUCUCACGCAGCGAAAUGGGCUCGUACCUCUGCAUUGCAUCAAAUGGUGUGCCGCCGUCGGUUUCAAAACGGAUCUCGCUCAGCAUACAUU